GCAGAGGAAGCAGCCCCGCGGGCUUGCCACUCGCCUGGUGGAAAGGGUCACCGCUGCUGCGGCUCCACCAUGAGCCUCGGGGCCGCGGGCACUCGGAGAGAGGUGCUGCUGCCGCCGCCCCACGAGAGGAGCUGCCGCGGGUUCGGCCGGCGGCCGCCCAGGAGCCGCCGGGGGAGCGAUGCAGGCAGCCAUCGUGAUCACUGAGCAGCCGAUCUCCGUCGCCGUGCCCGUGGGACACAGCUUCAGCCUGCGGUGCCGAGCCGAGGGGCGCACGGCACUGCGCUUCCAAUGGUUCUGCCAGCGCCAGUCUGUCUGCCAGCAGAUCCCAGGUGCCACCGAGCAAGACUUGCCAAUCACUGCCCAGCAGUCCCAGCUCUACACCUGCAGAGUCAAUGACCUCGACAGAAACUGCAUCUUCUCUGACUGGGUGAAGGUGGAGGUGCACCAGUGUGUGGCCAGAGGGCUGCCCCCUCAACUCUGGCAAGGAGAACCUGUCAUUGUCCUCAACCCCACUGAGCAGAGGCUGGAGGUGGGGAGUCCACUGCAAUUGCGCUGUGCUGCCAUGGGAGUGCCAGCCCCCAACUACCAGUGGUACCACAACGGCAACCUGCUGGAGCACCAGAAGAAAAAAAGGCUCUGGGUGGCCCAGGCGCAGCUCAGCGACUCGGGCACCUACCUCUGCUGUGCCUUCAACAGCCGUGGGCAGCACUGGAGCAGUGCCGUGGAUGUGCUUGUGGGUCCAUGUUGCUCAGAGAAGCUCUUUGCCACAGGCAAGGUAGCACUGCUGGUGGGCAAUAACCGCUACUGGCACCACCCCAACCUGCUGGCUCCCGUCAGAGAUGUGUUCGAGCUCAGGCUGCUGCUGGAGCAGCUCAGCUUCCAGGUGGUGUCCCUGCUGGACCUCAACAAGGCUGAGAUGCUGGCAGCAGUCAGUCGGUUCCUGCAGCUCCUGGGGAAGGGAGUCUACGCUGUCUUCUACUAUGCUGGGCAUGGCUAUGAACACCUGGGCAGGAACUACAUGGUCCCUGUUGAUGCUCCACAGCCCUACAGCCCUGAGAACUGCAUCAGCGUGCAGAGGAUCCUCCAGAAGAUGCAGCAGCAGCAGACGGCCCUAAACCUUGUCCUGCUGGACACCUGCAGGAAAUGGUACAACCCCGGGGGUGCCCUGUCACAGCUGCAGCCACUGCAGCCCUGGGGCAAUACAGUCUAUGGCUAUGCUACGAGUGAAGAUGCUGAAGCCUAUGAGCUGCAAGAUGGGGAGCUCAGCUCGGGCAUCUUCAUGAAGUACCUAAAGCAGCACAUCCUGCAGGAGAAGAAGGUCACACACAUGCUGGAGAAGGUCUUAGAGGCUGUGGGGCAGGACCCACUGGUGGCUGGCAGACAGGUGAUGGAGAUCAAGCACACGCUGAAGGAGCCCCGAGCCCUCACCGACCCCCUCUGCCCCUCGGCAGCAGCUGCCCAGCGCUGGGGCCAUGGCCAUGAGCUGCUGAGCAGAGUGGUGACCUUCUCCUGCGGGGCAGAGGUGGAGCUACACUGCCACUGGCUCUUCUCCAACCUGCUCCACGUCUGUGCCAAGCUACUGCCCACCCCAGCACACCUCGCUGAUGCCCACCUGCUGCUGUGCCAGGCCCCUGGGACUCAGGGGCUCAGAGAAUGGCUGAGCGUGGAGGACACCUCAGGGAGCAGCUGCUCCACCUGGACCCAUUCCCCUCCAUUCCAGAAGGCUCCUUCCCCCAUGGCAGAGGACAAGGACAAUGUGGGCAUCCCGAGGCAGUGCCACCCACAGCUCCUGAGCUCCCUGCUGGCCUCGGUGUGCAAGCAGGAGAGGGACUGCAGCCUGCAGCUGCCUGAGCUGCAGAAGAUUCAGGCAGACGUGGUGCUGCAGCUGGACUUGCACUACAGCCAGCAGGGCACCAAGCAAAGGACUUGUGAGAGCCUGCGGACAACCCUCCGGAGAGCUCUGCUGAGGCAGUUCUGUGGCCAGGGGGCUGCAGCCUCUGCACAUGUGUGGCUGCAGGAUGUGCUGAGCACGGACCCCGCGGGGCAGACACAUCUGAGGACAGGCUCUAGCCACAGCUUGCCCAGCAGCAGCCCCUCCAGUAGCAGUCAGCCAGAGGAGAACGAUGAGAGUGAGCUCUGCUGUGCCCUGCUGUGGGCUGGCACUGGGCAUGGCUGCCCCUGACCCGGCUGGGUACUGCUGCUCUGGGUGGGUGCUGCUACUGUGGGUGGGAGCUGCUGGUGUGUUGUGAGAGCUGCUGGCAUGAGCGGGAGCUGCUGGUGUGGGCAGGGGCAGCUGGUGUGAGUGGGAGCUGCUGGUGUGGUGAGAGCUGCUGGUGUGGGUGGGACCUGGGAUGGACAUUUGGCAAGGGCUGGCAGUGCCAGGCUGAGGGACAAUGGCUUUGAGCUGGGAGAGGGGAGACUGAGAGUGGAGGAAGAAAUUGUUGAGAGUGAGGGUGGGGAGAGACUGACACAGGCUGCCCAGGGAGACUGUGGCUGCCUCCUGCCUGGGGGUGUUGAAGGCCAGGCUGGAUGAGGCCUUGAGCAGCCUGUGCUGUUCCUGUCCAUGGCAGGGGGUUGGAGCUGGCUGAACUUUCAGGUGCCUUCAAACCCAACCCAUUCUGAGACACUAUGAAGAAGGAGAUAAAGCUGAAUUCGCUCAGAGCA